CUUAUAAACUUCCUCUUCACUUCAAACAAACAAAAAUAAAGCAAUAACAUUUAAAACAUCAUGGAGCCUAAAAAUACAAUCUUUCUAGUUCUACUCCUCUCAACCAUUCUCCAGUCUUCAUCCGCAACUCCAAAUCCGUCCGAACUAGUCCGGUUCAUCGUGACAUCAUGCCAAACCACCCGAUAUCCACUACUAUGCGUGCAUACUCUCUCUGCUUACGCCACCAUGAUUCGACACAAAAACGACCAGGAUCUUGCCCAAAUUGCUCUCACCAUCAGCUUGUCUCGAGCCAGAUCCGUUGCUAUAUUCGUCGCUAAACUAACCAAAGAAACGCCAAGUUUCAAACGUAGAGAAUAUUUAGCAAUCAAAGAUUGCAUCGAAGUGUUAGGCAACAGCGUGGACCGGUUAGGCCAGUCGGUUAAAGAACUAGGUCGAGCUGGUCAUGCUGUGGCUGGUGAGGACUUCAUGUGGAAGAUGAGUAACGUUCAGACGUGGGUUAGUGCCGCUUUGACAGACGAAACCACGUGUCUAGAUGGAUUCUCAGGUCGAGCCAUGGAGGGCAAAGUGAAGAAGCUGAUUCGUUUGAAAGUGGUUCACGUAGCUCAAGUCACUAGCAAUGCUCUUGCGUUGGUUAACCACUUUGCUGAGAAACGAAGCGCGAAGAUUCCUUAACUGGAGUUGAGUCUUUUUUUUUGGGUACGACUAAUUAAUGUGAAAGUUUUGGCUUGUAUGUAAAAUCUCGAAUCUUUAAAACUAUGUAAAAUGUUUAUCAUCU